AGCAACGCCAUGGGACGACGAAGCUGGAAGCCUGAGUAGUAGAGGUGGUGCUGGCUGCCGCGCGCGGGAGGUGAGUGGCGCUCCGGCCUCGGAAAAAAGCGGUUAGCGAGGGGGACAGGGAGGCGGCUCCGGACCUGAAGGCGGCGGGGACGCUCUGUGUGCUUUAUGGACCAUGUGCUGCUAUGUAUGCCUGAAGUACUUGAAAUGCAAAUUUGGGGAGACUUUGCCAUCUAAAUGCUUGGCUGGAUUAAGCGCCUAAUUAGGAUGGUUUUUCAACGAGUUGGAAUAAGCAUGCAAUCGGUACUUUGGUCUGGGAAGCCAUAUGGUUCAUCUCGAAGUAUUGUAAGGAAAAUUGGAACUAAUUUGUCUCUGAUUCAGUGUCCAAGAGUUCAGUUUCAGCUUACCAGCCAACCGACAGAAUGGAAUCCCAGUCCCCCAGGAGAGGAUGCAGUGGCAUCUUUUGCUGACAUCGGAUGGGUAGCCAAAGAAGAAGGAGAGUGUUCAACAAGACUGAGGACAGAGGUCAGGUCAAGGACACCUGUUCCUUUGUUUGAGAAGCCCCCAAGCAGGCAGAUUUCCUUACCAGACUUGUCUCAACAAGAACCUCAGCUGAAGACACUGGCGAAUGAGGAAGCACUGCAGAAGAUCUGUGCUCUUGAAAAUGAACUUGCUGCUCUCCGAGCUCAGAUUGCCAAAAUUGUGACCCUGCAAGAACAGCAAAAUCUCAUUGCAGGUGACUUAGAUUCUACCACAUCUGCUGCUAUACCACCGCCUCCUCCACCCCCGCCCCCACCGCCCCCACCUCUUCCUGCACCAGGGCUCCACCAGAGUGUAUCUGCUAUUGAUCUGAUUAAAGAGCGAAGACAGAGAAGAGCCAAUGCUGGAAAGACUGUGGUGAAGAACAAUCCAAAGAAACCUGACAUGCCAAAUAUGUUAGAGAUCCUUAAAGAUAUGAAUAGUGUUAAACUUCGGUCAGUGAAGAGGUCAGAGCAAGAUGUAAAGCCCAAGCCAGUGGAUGCUGCUGACCCUGCUGCCCUCAUAGCAGAGGCUCUGAAGAGGAAAUUUGCUUAUCGAUACCGAAAUGAUAGCCAAGAUGAAGCUGACAAAGGAGUUCCAAAGUCUGAAUCAGAGGCCACCUCAGAGACGCUGUGGUUUGGGCCACACAUGUUGAAGUCUACAGGAAAAAUGAAGGCUUUAAUUGAAAAUGUAUGAAACUCCUAACAGACAGCGAGCUGAGAAAGAUAUCCUGGUUCUGCUGUUGGUUUGUGAAAGCUGUUUGGCUAGUAGAAAUCAACACUAUUUAGUAAAUACUUGACUUUAGUACUCAGUGGUCUCCUUUUUAGCCUAAUUAGAAGAUUAAGUAAAAACAAAAGCACUGUAAGUUUGGUUUUGCUUGUGUGAGAUGGUCAGUUCUGGAGUUUUCCAAGACAUAAGUAUUCUGACAUGUUUUUAAUGCAUAGCUAAGGUGUCAAGUUUCCAGUCUUGAAAACACUUGUAUAGAUUUCGGAACAUAGAAUGGACAUUUGUGGAUGUUACUGCACAUUUUGAAUUCUUAACACUAAUUUAUCUGUACAAAUGUUUUAUAUGCAUUUAUUUGGAUAUAAAACAGUUUAUGUAAAAAUUAGUAAUGAAUGAUGGCAA